ACGUUAAAUUACGCCAAGGUGCAUUAGCCAAUCAUCCCUACUAGACAAUACCAUAUCUGAUCUUUUAUAUAAAAGCAUACCUGGGAAAAAUUCCGUUCAGUUGGUAUUAUCUAAACUACAAAAAUGUCUAAAGUGAUUUUUUUAAGUUUUAUUUUAACAACAGUCUACGCAGCCCCUGGAUAUGAUUUCCAUGGUUUUGGUCCCAUCGUAGCUGCACCCCCAAUUUACCCAGCACCCAUCAUUAAAACUCCCAUUAUAGCACAACCUCCUAUUUUUCAUGCUCCUGUUGUGAAGACCAUUGCACCAGUGGCGCCCGUUAUUAAAACGGUGGCUCCGGCCACAAGUUACGCCACUGUGGCUAUCACCCAUUCUGCACCCAUAGUGAAGACAAUUCUGGCGCCUCAGCCCAUCUUGAAGAGUUAUUAUCCAGCUCCAUUAGCUUUCGGCCAUGGUUACCAUUGAAUCAUCGCUAUUUAUUUCAUUGUACAUAACUUAUUUAGCUUAGAAAAAUGUACAAAAAUUUUCAAUAAUAAAUAUUUGCAUUUGAA